AUGUCGCACCGUCUUAAGAUGACGUGCUCCAUGCUUGGCCUCAAUGGCCGCGCGCUGCCUGCGACGCCUCCACCACCACCGCAGUUGGAGCAGGAGUCGCAGCCCGACGCGGACUACAGCUCCGACGACACUGUGGACCCAUGGUUCGCGGUGUGGCACGAGGCCUACGUCGCAGACGCGGAAGCUGAGGCGGCAACGCAGUGGGGCGAGCAGCAGCAGGCCCCCACCGACCCGGAGCAGGCGGCGAUCCUGGCGUCGUUGAACGCAGUCAGCCUUAGUAAAAGGCAAGAGAUCAAGAUGGUUCUUCUCGUCAGCUCCGACGGGGAGAAGUUCGAGGUGGCGGACGAGGCGAUCGGCAAGGCUUCGGGGAUGAUCAAGGGCUGUCUGGACGAGGACUGCGCCACCAACGGCCAGGUCCCGAUCCCCAACGUCACCGGCCGCAUCCUCUCCCGCAUCCUCGAGUACGUCAACAAGCACUUCUCCGAGCCCCAUGACGACUUCCAGAUCCCCAACGCCGACGACCCGCUCAAGCGCUUCGACGACGCGUUCGUCCAGGUCGACCAGGACACGCUGUUCGACCUCAUCACCGCCGCCAACUACCUUAACAUCAAUAGCUUGCUCGACCUGACCUGCAAGGCGGUGGCGGACCAGAUGAGGGGCAAGACCACGGAGGAGACCCGCAAGCACUUCAACAUCGUCAACGACUACACCCCGGAGGAGGAGGAGGAGGUCCGCAGAGAGAACUCGUGGGCCUUCGAGUAG